UCCCCCUAAGAUCAGUUUCAGAGCGAGAAAGACAUCGAGGAAUAGGCAGGGUACACGUUGAUACAACGACAGGACGCGAUCAAAUACACAGCUUUGUAACUUUCAGCCUUUAUCAAAAAGUGGGUGUAUGUUAAACGGGGAAAAAAGGACACUAUGAACGGGGAUCGCUUCUAUAAGAAUCACUUUUAACCUAUUUUUUUUCCUUCAGCUAAGCAAAUAGGCUACGACACCAAUACAAAUCAGCAUACAAGAAUCGGACUUUUAAAAUCGUUGGUUUCAGAUUUUUCUACAGAAAGUAAUUUGAAGAGGACAUCCGCGUCAGGAAGGAUGGAAUCAGGCGGCAAGCAAGUGACGUUUCAGCUGAUGCUGGCUGUAGGAGCGGCUGUGAUUGGGUCCCUGCAGUUUGGAUACAACACUGGAGUGAUCAACGCCCCACAGACGGUCAUUGAAUCCUUCUACAAUGAUACCUGGUUUGACCGAUACCAGGAGUCCAUUCCUCCAACCUCCCUCACCACCCUCUGGUCUGUCUCUGUCGCCAUCUUCUCGGUCGGGGGCAUCUUUGGAUCUUUCUCUGUCGGGCUCUUUGUCAACCGCUUUGGGAGGCGAAACUCCAUGCUGUUUUCCAACAUUUUGGCCUUCAUCGCUGCUGCUCUCAUGGGCUUCUCGAAGCUAGGUGCCUCCUGGGAGAUGAUAAUCAUUGGCCGCUUUGUGGUGGGACUGUACUGCGGGCUGACCACUGGCUUUGUGCCCAUGUAUGUGGGUGAGAUUUCACCCACUGCCCUCCGGGGGGCGCUAGGCACCCUCCAUCAACUGGGCAUAGUCAUCGGGAUCCUCAUGGCACAGGUUUUCGGGAUGGACGUGAUUAUGGGCAAUGCCUCCCUCUGGCCCAUCCUGCUGGGUUUCACCUUCAUCCCCGCUGUGGUGCAGUGUGCCAUCCUCCCCUUCUGCCCUGAGAGUCCUCGCUUCCUGCUUAUCAACCGCAACGAGGAGAACAAGGCAAAGAGCAUUCUGAAGAAGCUGCGUGGCACGACGGACGUGGGUGCUGACAUGCAGGAGAUGAAGGAGGAGAGCAGGCAGAUGAUGAGGGAGAAGAAGGUGACCAUCCCCGAGCUGUUCCGCUCGCCGCUCUACAGGCAGCCCAUUCUCAUCGCCAUCGUGCUGCAGCUGUCCCAGCAGCUGUCAGGAAUCAACGCUGUGUUCUAUUACUCCACUGAUAUCUUCAGGAGAGCUGGAGUGGCACAGCCAGUGUAUGCCACCAUCGGUGCCGGAGUCGUCAACACCGCGUUCACCGUCGUUUCACUCUUUGUAGUGGAGCGUGCCGGCCGCAGGUCUCUGCAUCUCCUUGGACUUCUAGGCAUGGCAGGCUGUGCAAUUCUGAUGACCAUAGCGCUGGCUCUGUUGGAAAAGGUGGCCUGGAUGUCCUAUGUCAGUAUCGUGGCAAUCUUUGGCUUUGUGGCGUUCUUCGAGAUGGGCCCCGGACCCAUCCCCUGGUUCAUAGUGGCCGAGCUGUUCAGCCAGGGGCCCCGGCCCUCUGCCUUUGCUGUGGCUGGCUUCUCCAACUGGACUGCCAACUUCAUCGUGGGCAUGGGCUUCCAGUAUCUCGCGGAAUUGUGUGGGGCCUACGUCUUUGUCAUCUUCACUGUCCUGCUUCUGGGCUUUUUCGUGUUCACCUACUUCAAAGUGCCGGAGACCAAGGGCAGGACGUUCGACGAGAUCUCAGCCGGGUUCCGCCAAGGCUCGGGCUCCAACCCCAGCGAGAAGCACUCCCCUGAAGAGCUCAACAGCCUGGGUGCUGACUCCCAACUUUAAUCCCUCGCUUUCCCCGGGCUUACGAAACGCAAGAAACAACCACACAAGAGCGGACUUCAUAUCUGUAUGUCUGAGUGAUUGUCUACAGUGCUGGUAGAUUGAGACUUGCUGUCAUGACAUUUCUGGGGAAAAGAAGGGGUUUGUCCACACCAGUUUUUGGCAUAUGUGUAGAAAGGGUGAGGCUGAGAGAGGGGUCGUGUAGUGGGUACUAAUUUUUACUGCAAUUUACUGCUGUUGCAUAACCUCAGCUUUGCUGGCUGCUUUUAUAGAACCAUCAGAAUUUGUCAUGUAAAAAUGCUGUCCAUUCAUCUGUGGUUACGGGAAGUCGAUCUUCAGAUUUAAGUCAUCAAGAUUUUGAAGAAUUAAAAAAAAGGCAAAGGCUGACCUCUCCUCUACCUUCCCCCUAAUGCAAGGACACUUGAGUGUUCACAAGAAUCUACAAACCCCGCCCCUUUCCAACGAUUGGCUCAUAUGAUUCGUCGUGGUAACUGUUACAUUCCGAGUUUUUAGGGAAAUAUGUUUCAUGUCAUGGGCUGGACUGAUAGCCUUACAAAAAACAGUUACAGGCACCUACUGCUAAUAGCAAUGGUGUGGUUUUUUAUGUUGUUUUAAAGCUUCAUGUUGCGCAAAUAUCGUUUUUUACAAAAGUCUGACAUUGCGUUCCUGGAAGCAGAACUAAAAGAAUGUUAAUGUUUUUAUUUUUUUAUAAAUAUAUGUAGAUAGAUAUAUACAUACGCUUUUAUGAUGAACCCCCAUGAAUUUCUUUCUGGACUAGAAAUUGGCAUGAAUUCGCAAGAGAUGAUAGCGUCAGACUCUUUCAGCGGAACUGUACCUCAGUGUGUUCAUCGCAUUGCUGCGUUUGCAGCUCUGUAGAAAACGCAGCAGCCCAGCUUUCCUUUGCAGUGCUAAUAGAUGAGCCAUACAUUUUUCUAUAGAUUUAUAAGUGUUUUUAGUGAGGAGUAUUUUUUAAUACAAUUCGACCCAUGCCAAGCCUCUAAAAUCAAUCUCAUACAUUCAAACCCCUUAUUUUUGUGCUCUUUUGGUUGUUCACUUUUUUAAAAAUGUGAUAUGGGUUAUAAGUACAACACUGGAUAAAAUGUAAACUGUCUGAUUCAUAUCCUGUGCUUUAGGUCAAUUUCACUCCCAUGAGCUAACAAUCAGCAAUAGCAGGAGCAGAAGUUUACAUGUUUAUAGCGUUGAACUUCAUACAUCUGCAGAAAAGUGAAGUACCAAAACAGAAUGGGGAGGGGGUGAUAUCAUAUAAUAAAGAUAAUACUGAUAAUAAGAACAUUGAUUUGAAGUCCUUGACUAUUACUGAAAACCCCAAAAUGUGUCUGGAAAACUUUCUUCAUGGGGUAGAGUGACGGGAUGAGGCACCGAUGCUGUUUUUAAAUGUUUCAAAACGAGCAACAAUGGAAAAUAGAAAAUCCAUCACGAAUAGUAUAUCAGAAUUAAAAUCAUGCUAAAAAUAAACAGGAUGUGAAAACAGAGAAAGUAAAAAUGUAAAACCCUGAUAAACCAUGCAGUACUCUUACACGCUGCCCUAAAAUACACCAGCAGAAAUCCCAUGAACUCACAAACACACCACAAAACUGUCUGGUGGUGUCUCUAUUUCAUGAAACCCUACAACCAUACGCACCAGCAUCCUAUUUCAUUUUCUAUUGCUGUAUGAGGGCUUUUUUUUUUUUUUUUUUUUUAAAGCAGCCUAUUUCUCACUGAAAGCUAAAAGUUUGCGUGAGUUUUAUGGGGCAGGGAUGGCAAAAUUCCAGUUCAGUCAGUAUUAUAUUUUAUUAAUAAUAAUAAUAAUAAUAAUAAUAAUAAUAAUAAUAAUAAUAAUAAUAAUAAUAACUAUACUAUUAAUAACAAUGAUGAUAAAUUAAAAACAGGACAUGUUUAGGAAUGACAUGUCAUAUUUCAAGCGAGUAUCGUAGACUGUACAUUUUAAUUUUUAAUUUUUAUUUUAAAGUAAUAGGUUACAAAACGUUGCAGGUAGUUUCUAUAAGUGGGGCCUAUAUAAAAUGUUAUUGUACUUUCCCUCCUUGACAGAGCAGCUCCAGAUUAUGGACUACAAUUCCCACAAUUCUUUGUAAAUAGUCAUCCUCUUUGAAAUUUGAACACUUGCAACAUCAAUAGCACAGCAAAACAAAAAACAAGGAAUACAAUCUCGGAAUAAAUAAACAAUUUGAGUGAAUGUAAAUCUCCUUAAACCUGAAACAGAUUGCAUCUUAUCAGGACCAAACUGAAUGUGGGUUCCAGCUUUGAUCAAACUUUGGGGGUUGACAUUAAAACAUAAUCGGAGAGCUUGUGUUUGUAACUAAUGCAGCUCAAAAUGCACAGCUGUCUUUUGGAUUUGCCUUUCUUGUAAACAGGCAUUGAUCAGACAUAAAGCUGUGUCUGGCAUGAACACACGAAAUAGGAAAGCACGCUUCUGUACUGCAGCUGCAUUCCAAUGAAGGAUAGUUCGGUUUCUUAUUAAAUCUUCAAACCUGCAUUCCAUGCUAGUGCUGCUGUGAGUGACACAAACAUUCCUUUGACUAACAUGCAUCUCUUACAGCGGUAUUGCAGCUGUGCAUUAAUUCUGAAUUCAGUUAGACAUUAGUCAAGAAUUUCAAUCAAAAUGUCAUUUAAAUUAGGAACGUGACAUUAAUGUUAACUACUGAUUAUACACCUUUUAAUCUAUUCAUGUUGUGACCAUUUCUUAGGCUUACAAAUGAUUUUUAUAUUUAAGGGUUAAUAUGUAAUAUGUAAGUGUUCAUAGUUCAAACACUGUAUAAUACCUUUAAAUACAGCAUACUUUUAUGACCAUUUUGACCACCAAAUUCAGUGUCUAGUAUACUCUACACAAUGUAACAAAGGGUUUGUUUUUGUAGUUUUUUCUUAAAUAAUAUGCAAAAGUUAGACAGCUAUAAGUAAAACACAAAAAUCGAACAGGCUUUGUUUACAAAUAAAAAUAGGCAUCAAAAUUUCAUCUAAUGGACAGGAUAAGAACCUUUUGUAUUCCGAAUGUAUUCAAUCUUCCCUCCCCAAAGUGUGCCUCCAUUGUGUCCUGUGUUGUGAUACAGGCUGUGUUUGUUUAUCUACUCUCUCUCUCUCUCUCUCUCUCUCUCUCUCUCUCAUAUAUAUAUAUAUAUAUAUAUAUAUAUAUAUAUAUAUAUAUAUAUAUAUAUAUAUAUAUAUAUAUAUAUAAUGUGUUUGUGUUUUGUGUAAUAACAGGAGAGAAAAGUAAAACACUGUAUACCAGUCUGGAUCUCUGUAGAAUACAUCACAGUCAUGACAUGUAAAACGUGUUUCCCCAAGGUAGUGCAGGAGAGUUGUUUGUAACAGUCUGUGGCACUGUCUGUAUUGACAUUCUUUUUGAUGAGUCUACUUGGUGGGAAACUUAUUGGCACCUGUAUUCUUACACACGUGUAUUCCAUGGUGAAACAAAUCUCAUCUUCCUAAAAUCAUGAAGUCGGUGACUGAAAAUAAUUAAGUAAACAUUUCCUGCUUUUCUUGUGUAUAGAUUUAAGUAUUUAUAUAUUUUUUAUAGUGUUGACUGUAGAUCCGUACUGUAAAUAGCAACUUAUUGCAUCCACAGGUGUACGUAAACUUGCUUUUGGUUUUGUGUAUAGCACCAGUUUUCGAUGUAGAUGCUUCAUAGUCACCAUGGUUUUGCCUUCCAUAGUUUAAGAACCUCAAAAACAAUAAAUCAAAAACAACAGAUAAAAUGUAGAAUGUAAUCCACCUUUGAGCAUGCAGGUACCAGUGACAGUUAAAGCUAUUUAUUAGAUUUAAUUUAUUAGUCUCUUAUAAAAACAAUAAAUCUGUGUGUCGUAGGAGCAGAAGAUAUUUUUUUGAACAAUGUGCCAAGGUGUGUUGAUGUGCUGUUUUUGUAAGAUACGAUUGUCUGGUGUUGUAAACAAUAAAACCGAAACAAAAACACACAGGGACCUA